CGCCCGCUUCCCGGCAUGCCCCGCGCGGCCCCAAGCAAGCCCGGGACACUCACCGGCGGCGGCGGCGGCGGCGGCGGCGGCCCCGGGCUCGGCGGUGGCGGUGGCAGCGGCGGCGGCAAGCCCGGGCACUGCGCCUGCGUUCAGGGAAGCCUAGGAGAGCGAGCGAGCGAGCGAGGGAGCGAGCGGAGCUCAGGGCGCGUGCGCGGCCGGGCGGACCAUCCCCGGCCGCGGUGGGAAGAGGGGCUCGGGAGGACCGCGCAGGCUGCGGCGCUCGCGCGGCCCCGCUGGGACUUGGCUUUGAUCUCGCUGCUCGCUUCAUCUGAGAGUGCUUUUCCCCUGCUGCUCUGCACUUACUCUGUCUUGGCACUGAUGCCCACCCGAGGGGCCUUCCUUGUGAUACAGCACCUGCAGACCGAGUGGAUUAGGGAGACUUACGCAGUGCCUGUUUCAAGAGGAGCUUCUGAUGGUGGGUGAAAGCAGGGUGAACAGUGCCUGCGACUUCGUGGUCCUUUCAGCUUUGGAUGGAAUUGUCCAUAGUAACAAAAUAAAACAGUAUGCCACA